CAUGUAUUGUAUUCCAAAAAACCUUAGGAAGACUUGUGCCCAAACUAUAUUAUUAACGUGCAUCCAUCCACAAACUGCAAAUGUUUGGAAAGUGUGUCCAGUAAAUUGUCUAAGAAUAGAUUAUCAAUUAUGAUUAUUAUUUUGAUUCAUGUUUUGAGGUUGCUUGGUUUAUGCAUGUGCAUAAACAGUGAGAAGGCAGCACCAACACCACCAUUAAUUGUCCAUUCACUACCAGCGCCAUCAAGUGCACUACCACCGCCGUGUUCACCAUCAAUUGCCCCACCACCACCGCCAACAAUUGCACCACCACCGCCAUGUUCACCAUUAAUUGUCCCAACACCACCAGCACGAUCAAUUGCACCACCACCGCCAUCAAGUGCACUACAACCGUCAUGUUCACCAUUAAUUGUCCCAACACCACCAACACGAUCAAUUGCACCACCACCGCCAUUAAUUGCACCACCACCACCAUGUUCACCAUUAAUUGCCCCAACACCACCAACGCGACCAAUUGUACCACCACCGCGGUCAAUUGCACCACCACCGCCAUCAAUUGCAGUACCACCGCCACCGCCAUCAAUUGCACCACCACCGCCACCGCCACCGCCAUCAAUCGCAGUACCACCGCCACCGCUAUCAAUUACAGUACCACCGCCACCGCCAUCGCCAUCAAUUGCACCACCGCCACUGUCAUCAAUUGCACCACCACCACCACGAUCAAUUGCACCACCAUCGCCACGGCCAUCAAUUGCACCACCACCGCCACGAUCAAUUGCAGUACCACCGCCACCGCCAUCAAUUGCACCACCACCACCACGAUCAAUUGCACCACCAUCGCCACCGCCAUCAAUUGCACCACCACCACCACCACGAUCAAUUGCAGUACCACCGCCACCGUCAUCAAUUGCACCACCACCACCACCACCGGCAUCAAUUACACCACCACCACCACCAUCAAUUGCAGUACCACCGCCACCGCCAUCAAUUGCACCACCACCACCAUCAAUUGUAGUACCACCGCCACCACCAUCAAUUGUAGUACCACCACCACCACCAUCAAAUGCACCACCACCACCACGAUCAAUUGCACCACAACCACCAUCGCCAUCAAUUGCACCACAAUCGCCAUCGCCGUCAUUAAUAGCCCCAUCAGCAACGCCAUCAAUUGCACUACCACCGCUAUUUCCAUCAGUAAUUGUCCCAUCAACAACACCAUCAAUUGCACUGUCACCGCCACUUCCGUCACCGCCACUUCAGUCACUGCCACUUCCAUCACUGCUAGAACGAUUACAGUCACUACCACCACCAUUGAUUCCACCCCAUACCUCAAAUGGGUGGCGAUCAUUGGAUGCGAGGGCGAUGGUUCUUUUGAGCCUGCCCUUACAAAUCGCUCUCUUUGUCUCGGGCAACCGUAGAAAGCACAGUGUUAGCCUUGCCAACAAAUGGAUUCUCUGGUUAGCCUACCAAAGCAAAGAUUGGCUCAGCAUUGCUGCUCUUGGUAAGCUUUCUAAUUUGAAACUCAGCAUUGCUGCUCUUGGCAAGCUUUCUAAUUUCGAACUCAGCAUUGCUGCUCUUGGCAAGCUUUCUAAUUCCAAAGUAGAUUGGGUCAACAUGAUUGCUCUUCACAGCCCAUCCAAGGGACCUAAGCCUCCUUUGUACAAAAAACCUAGCCAAGAAAACAAUUACGGUCCAGAAAUCUCUAAUAUUUUUGCUUCACUAUGGACUUCAUUACUUAUAUUCAAUCUCGGUGGCCCUGACACCAUCACUGCCUAUUCUUUUCAAGAUAUCCGGCUCUGGGCCAGACAUCUCCUCAUCUUCGUUGUCCAAUGCUUUCUUGCCUUUUGUGUCAUUAUUUGGUCAGUGGACCAAUCUUUAGUCCCAGUUUUCUCAAUUCCUCUCUAUUUUGUUGGAAUCAGCAAACACAUAGAGAGCAUUUUGUGUCUUAAAGCCGCUAACUCUUUGAAAACCAAGCAGUUCGUCCUUAAAAAUCCUGGUUUUCAAUCUCAGCCAUUAAUAGAAAAUCAAGAAUCAAAAAAAGUCCUCCUAGGCUAUAUUUUGUUUGCAGCUAUGAGACCGGACAUCAAUGAAUACCUCUGUUAUAAAGAGUAUCCCCUGUCCUUUAAAGCGAGAAUGAGAACCUAUCUAAGGAAAACAAAAAAUGAAGUCAAGUCAAUUCUGCAAGGCUUGCUUGAAAGUGACGGGCUAAGGAGUGGUAAUCAUUUGACUCAUUUCGACAUAGCUGUUGUGGAACUGGGAUUUAUAUUUGAUGUUGUUUACACAAAAGCUCAUGUCAUUUAUACUAGGAAAGGAUGCAUCAUGCGUCUCAUCAGCUUCACUCUUUCUAUUGGAACUCUGUUUUUCUUCAUCUUCCAGUUAGCAUUCGGGGGUUCGAUGCUGAGCCAAAUAGCACCAGAUGAUGUUUUCUUAACAAUGAGCUUGUUGGUUCAAACUGUUGCACUGGAUAUUUGUGCUAUGCUCUCAAAUCUUCGUUCUGGUUGGGCAGUAAUUUUAAUGUAUAACAACUGUUCGGCACCCAAAAUUCUCCAGUAUGUCUUGCAAUACUUUCCUUGCUUCUUAAGUCAACAGAAGGAGAGGUCAGCUUGUAUGGGACAAUUUGAUUUGUUGGAUUAUUGCUGGAAUUCUAGGAUGGUCAGGGUUUAUAGGUUUCUACAAAAGCACUGUAGUGGUGAUAUUCUUGAAAAUUGGCUUAGGUCAAAGCAUAAGAAGUUUGUGGAAGUUCCAAGCGAUUUGAAGCCAAAAGAGGUUUACCAAAGUCGGCUAGAUUCCUUCUUCGUCUCGAGUAAUUCCUUUGAAGCAACAAGGGGGCAGAAGACGCUUGAUGAACUGGGGGAGAGAGACCUCGAAUAUAGCAUCAAAAUCCACUUUGAUGCUAGUAUAAUUGUCUGGCACCUGGCCACAAGUAUUUGUUACCAUCAAGAUUUCAAGAAUCCCAAUAAUGCUUCCAAUGAAGCCAUGAAGAUCAGCAAAUAUUUAUCAGAUUAUAUGAUGUAUUUGCUGGUCAUGCGACCUGCUAUGCUACUGACUGACGAUUGUCCGAGUUCCUCGUUGGAUUGUGCUCUUAAUGAGCUCACGGUCCUUAUAUCUGAGGCAUCAAAUAAGGUCCCUAUAUCUGAGGCAUCAAAUAAGGACGCUGCUGUGUAUUCACUGUUGCAGGACCUGCCCGAAAUCAGUGCCGAGACUGCGAUGAAGGAUCUGUCAAACAUAAGUGGCGAGAAUGGAAUGAAGAAUCUGCCAAAAUAUGCGGGAUACCUGGCCACAAAAUUGAAACGAAACACAAAUAAAUGGGAGCUGCUGAAGAAAAUGUGGAUUGAAAUGCUUCUUUAUGCAGCACAUUCGGACCAGUAUAUAAACCAUGUUAGGCAGCUGGGAGAAUACGGACGAGAAUUCAUUAGCAUAAUCUGGGUCAUGGGAAGCUAUCGUGUCAUACAAGAAGUGAUAGAGGAGGCUUGUAGAAAGUGAGGAGUAGCCAUUAUGAUCUCAGACUUCGCUGAAGGGAAUUUAUGGGUGCUCAGUGUUCUUCUUGUGUAUUUGAGAAAGUGUGCCAGUCUUGAUGCAAUUAGUAUCUUUGUUUCCUGUGCAGUCUUUUUUUUUGAUGGUGUGUUUCUUGUGUAAUCUAAUUCUUGGACUUGAAAUAAAUAUCAGACAAUUGU